AUGGCUAUUAUUACAAUGGUUUUCAAGAAGUUGAACAUUCCUUUAUCACCUUCCAAGACUAUCGGUCCUGUUACUAGCCUCGAAUACUUGGGGAUUAUUCUCGAUACUGAUGCUUUUGAAGCCCGGAUUCCUGUUGAUAAAAUCAAUCGAAUGUGCAACCUUAUUCAUCAAUUAUCUAGGAAGAAGCGAUGCACUAAACGAGAACUUUUACAACUUAUAGGCCAUUUUAAUUUUGCCACACGUAUAAUUAUUCCUGGUAGGAGUUUUUUGUCCUAUCUUUUUCACGUAUCAUGUUCUGUCGACGAACUGCACUAUCAUGUACGGUUGGGUAAAGAAGCUCGUAUUGAUUUAUCAAUGUGGGAAGAAUUCCUUACGCGUUGGAAUGGUCGUUCUUUAUUUCUUGAAUCUUCUUUAAUUACCAAUGUCGAUCUUUGUUUAUUUACUGAUGCAGCUGGCAGUUACGGUUACGAUGGAAUAUUUGGAUCUAAAUGGUUUAGUGGUAAUUGGGACGAUGACUUUAUUCGAUUAGCUCAUCACAAACGAAAUAUUACUUUACUUGAAUUAAUGCCGAUCGUAAUUUCAGCUGUCUUGUGGGGUGCUAAUUGGUCUCGUCGUCGUAUUAUAUUUUAUUGUGAUAAUCAAGCUCUAGUUUAUAUAUUGAAUAAACGAAGGUCUGCUAACUCUAUUAUCAUGAUGUUUAUAAGAAGGCUCACUCUACUUUCACUUAAAUACAAUUUUCAUCUAAUGGCAUUACACAUUGCCGGUGCAACAAAUGGCAUUGCUGAUGCGAUUUCUCGUAAGCAAUGGACUCGCUUCCGUCAUCUCGCUCCUUGGGCUGAUACAUUUCCAUAUCAGAUUCCGAACCUAGCAGAACUUAUUUAUCCUAAAUUUUUCUGA